UCCCCUUCCGACAGCGCCGCGGACGCCUGGGCAGCCACGGCGGCGGGGCCGCGGCAGGCGCCGGCUCAGCCCGCCCAUUUCUCCCGCCGCCUCCCCGCCCCGCCCCGCCCCGCCCCGCCCCGCCCCGCGCCGCGCCGGCGGCUGUCAGCUCCCUCAGCGCCCGGCCAAGGCGCGGUGUAUGCUGAGCCGCUGCCACAGCCGGCUGCUGCACGUCCUGGGCCUUAGCUUCCUGCUGCAGACCCGCCGGCCGAUUCUCCUCUGCCCUCCACGUCUCAUGAAGCCGCUGGUCGUGUUCGUCCUCGGCGGCCCCGGCGCCGGCAAGGGGACCCAGUGCGCCCGCAUCGUCGAGAAAUAUGGCUACACACACCUUUCUGCAGGAGAGCUGCUUCGUGAUGAAAGGAAGAACCCAGAUUCACAGUAUGGUGAACUUAUUGAAAAGUACAUUAAAGAAGGAAAGAUUGUACCAGUUGAGAUAACCAUCAGUUUAUUAAAGAGGGAAAUGGAUCAGACAAUGGCUGCCAAUGCUCAGAAGAAUAAAUUCUUGAUUGAUGGGUUUCCAAGAAAUCAAGACAACCUUCAAGGUUGGAACAAGACCAUGGAUGGGAAGGCAGAUGUAUCUUUCGUUCUGUUUUUUGACUGUAAUAAUGAGAUCUGUAUUGAACGAUGUCUUGAGAGGGGAAAGAGUAGUGGUAGGAGUGAUGACAACAGAGAGAGCUUGGAAAAGAGAAUUCAGACCUACCUUCAGUCAACAAAGCCAAUUAUUGACUUAUAUGAAGAAAUGGGGAAAGUCAAGAAAAUAGAUGCUUCUAAAUCUGUUGAUGAAGUUUUUGAUGAAGUUGUGCAGAUUUUCGACAAGGAAGGCUAAUUCUAAACCUGAAAGCAUCCUUGAAAUCAUGCUUGAAUAUUGCUUUGAUAGCUGCUAUCAUGACCCCUUUUUAAGGCAAUUUUAAUCUUUCAUAACUACACCUCAAUUAGUGGCUGGAAAGUACAUGGUAAAACAAAGUAAAUUUUUUAUGUUCUUUUUUUUGGUCACAGGAGUAGACAGUGAAUUCAGGUUUAACUUCAUCUUAGUUAUGGUGCUCACUAAACAAAGAAGGGUAUCAGCUAGUUUUUUUUAAAUUCAAAAAGAAUAUCCCUUUUAUAGUUUGUGCCUUCUGUGAGCAAAACUUUUUAGUAUGCGUAUAUAUCCCUCUAGUAAUCACAACAUUUUAGUAGGGAUACCCGCUUCCUCUUUUUCUUGCAAGUUUUAAAUUUCCAACCUUAAGUGAAUUUGUGGACCAAAUUUCAAAGGAACUUUUUGUGUAGUCAGUUCUUGCACAAUGUGUUUGGUAAACAAACUCAAAAUGGAUUCUUAGCAGCAUUUUAGUGUUUAUCAAAUAACUGACCAUUUGCUAUAGAAAGAUGAGAAAACUUAAGCUUUGUUUUACUACAACUUGUACAAAGUUGUAUGACAGGGCAUAUUCUUUGCUUCCAAGAUUUGGGUUGGGGGCACUAGGGGUUCAGAGCCUGGCAGAAUUGUCAGUUUUAGUCUGACAUAAUCUAAGGGUAUGGGGCAAGGAUCACAUCUAAUGCUUGUGUUCCUGAUACUCUGUUAUAUAGUGUUAUUCAUGAUUCAGCUGAUCUUAACAAAAUUCCUACCAGUGGAACCUUGAAAUGCAUGUGGCUAGAUUUAUGCUAAAAUGAUUCAGUUAGCAUUUUAGUAACACUUCAAAGGUUUUUUUUGUUUGUUUUCUAGACUUAAUAAACGGUUAGGAUUAAUUAGAAGAAGCAAUCUAGUUAAAUUUCCCAUUUGUAUUUUAUUUUCUUGAAUACUUUUUUCAUAGUUAUUUGUUUAAAAAGAUUUAAAAAUCAUUGCACUUUGGUCAGAAAAAUAAUAAAUAUAUCUUAUAAAUGUUUGAUUCCCUUCCUUGCUAUUUUUAUUCAGUAGAUUUUUGUUUGGCAUCAUGUUGAAGCACCGAAAGAUAAAUGAUUUUUAAAAGGCUAUAGAGUCCAAAGGAAUAUUCUUUUACAUCAAUUCUUCCUUUAAAAAUCUCUGAGAAAUUUGUUUUCACCUUACUUUUUUUUCCUCUGUCACAAUGCUAAGUGGUAUCCAAGGUUCUUAAUAUGAGAUUUAAAAUCUUAAAAUGUUUCUUAUUUUCUGCACUUACAUCAUUUGGUACACAGGGUCAAAUAGGGCAAAUAAUUUUGUCUUCGUAUAAUUAGAUUUGAUAUUUAAAGUCACUGGAAAUAGUGAGGACAAGUUAAUGGAUGUUUUUAUAUUUUAAUAGAAUCAUUUAUUUCUAUGUGUUAUGAAAUUCACUUAAUGAUAGUUUUUUCAACAUACUUGCCAUUAGAAAACAAAGUAUUGCUAAGUACUAUAACAUAUUGGCCGCUAAAAUUCAUAUUGAGAUUAUCAUCUUGGUUUCUUGGAAGAGAUAGGAAUGAGUUCUUAUCUAGUGUUGCAGGCUAGCAGAUACAGAGGUGGUUUAAUCAAACAGCUCUAGUAUGAAGCAAGAGUAAAGACUAAGGUUUUGAGAGCACUCCUACUCACAUAAGUGAGGAAAUCUGUCAGAUAGGAAUCUAAAUAUUUAUAGUGAGAUUGUGAAAGCAACCUUAAAGUUUUGAAGAAGACUGAUGAGUCUAGGUGCUUUGCUUCCUUUCAUCAGAUAUCUUUCUGUGGCAUUUGAGAACAGAAACCAAGAAACAUGGUAAUUACUAAAUUAUGAGGCUUUGCUUUUUGUUUGCUUUUAAGUAGAAAAACAUGUUGGCAACAUUGAGUUUUGGAGUUGAUUGAGAUAAUCUGACUUAACUAGUUUUGUCAUUCCAUUUGUUAAAGAUACAGUCACCAAGAAUUUUUUGAGUUUUUUGAAAGACCCCAAUUUAAGCCUUGCUUAUUUUUAAAAAUUAAGUUAUUUCCAUUCAGUGAUGUUGGAUGUAUAUGAAUUAUUUAGUAAAUAAUCUCAAUAAAUUUUGUGCUGUGGCCUUUGCUA